CGCAUGUAAUGAAGGGUGGUGGUGGUUGGAGAAGAAAGAAGCAAGCCAGCGGAAGUGUUUUGACGGGCCGUUUUCGCUUUAUCUGGUAACGAUUUAUGAUCGCCAGGGAAUCAAGAAACAUAUAAUCGCGGCGAUCUCACUGGGUUGCAGGUCAUGGGACAUUUCCGGUGGUUAAAGGCGGCAGUUUUAUUAUCUCUACUUGCAGUUUCUGGUGGGAAAGAGCUUACAGCCAAUAACAAGGACCAUUUACCUAUCUACAAUCGUACUCUCGCAAAGAUAUUAGUGGAGUAUGCUUCUGCGGUGUACAUGUCAGACUUGACUGAACUUUUCACUUGGACAUGCUCAAGAUGUAAUGAUAUGACAAAGGGAUUUGAAAUUAUAGAGCUGAUUGUAGAUGUCCAACACUGCUUACAGGCAUUUGUUGGGGUGGCACAGGAUCUUAAUGCCAUUGUUAUUGCAUUUAGGGGCACACAGGAACACAGCUUGCAGAAUUGGGUUGAGGAUCUUUUUUGGAAGCAGCUUGAUCUAGACUACCCAGGCAUGCCUGAUGCAAUGGUGCACCAUGGAUUUUAUUCUGCAUAUCAUAACACAACUAUGCGCCCAGGGGUUCUUGAUGCUGUUAAAAAGGCCAAGCAGUUGUAUGGUGACAUUGACAUCAUGGUGACAGGGCAUUCAAUGGGAGGGGCUAUGGCUUCCUUCUGUGCACUUGAUCUUGCAGUUAAUCAUGGAGCCCGCAGUGUCCAGCUUAUGACAUUUGGACAGCCCCGUGUUGGCAAUUCAGUUUUUGUGUCUUACUUUAGCAAACAAGUACCAAAUACGAUUCGUAUCACAAAUGAUCAUGAUAUUGUGCCACAUUUGCCUCCAUACUAUUCUCAUUUCCCAAAGAAGACAUACAGACACUUCCCAACAGAGGUGUGGAUCUACAAUAUUGGACUUAGCAGUCUGGUUUACACAGUUGAGAAGGUCUGUGAUGGUUCUGGUGAAGAUCCAAAUUGUAGCAGAUCUGUGUCGGGCAACAGCAUCUCAGACCACCUGGCUUACUUUGGGGUUGAAUUACGGGCUGAAACUUGGGGUUCAUGCAGAAUGGUAAUGGAUUCCUAUACGUUGAGCUAUGGUAAAACAGAUCUCAAUGGAAACAUAAUCUUGUCGAGAAAUCCUGCUUUGUCAGUGUUAAAAAACUAAAUACACAAACAGAUGUUUUGUAACUUCUUUGGGGAUAAGAGGAUGAUUUGCCUUCAAGAAUGGCUGUGAGAUCUGUCAGGCUUGGAUUUCAUUACAGGGCAGAAGGGGAGUUCAGA